GCAGGACGACAUCGUGCAGAUCAUGUUCGCUAGCCACCACAAGACCGGCACCAACCUGGGCCUGGAGCUCGAGGCGUGCUUCGCGGGCGUGUCUCCCCUCACCGCGGACAUGGCGAGUAAGGCCAAGCGGUGCAAGGAGGAGCGCACCCUGGACGACCUGACCUGGGACGGAACCAUACCGCCCAGCUGCGACCGCCUGGUGCACUUCGUGCGCACCCCGCGCGAGGUCGUGCGCUCCGCGUACCUUUACCACCGGCAGCUGCCCCCCGUCGAGCCCUGGCUGGCCAGGCCCGCGGUGGAGAUCCUGGGCGAGGCCGUGCCGGACAACCCCUUCUUCCCUGGCGAGACGUACAACCAGUACCUGGCCCGGGUGCCGAUCCCCGUGGGCGUGUACGCGGAGAUGAAGUUCCAGUUCGAGGACAAUUUCAGAACGAUGGAGCUCGCCUACAACGCCUCGAAGGACGACUCGCGCGUCCAGACGGUGUGCCUGGAGGACGCCUGGAUGAACUAUGAGAAGAUGGUCAGCGACAUGGCUCGGCACCUGAAGCUGCCCUGCAGCAAAUCGGUCCGGAGAUGCACUGAGCAGCACAACCCGGGCAAGCACACUUUCGGAACGCACACCACCCAUGGCACUCUGACGCAGACAGAGACGGCCCAGCUGAGGGAAAUCAUCGCCCAGCACGACGAAAUGUGGUUCGACGGUAAGUUCGGUAAGUCCCCAUUAGCAGACAUGUGCAAAUCCAAGAUUAAGCAUAGUCGCAGGACAGAUGCUGAGACUUACGAUGAGUGGCUGGAGGAUUUCGCGUGA